AUGUUCACCCCCUCCAAUCAAAAAAAAUUAACAAAUGUAAGCAUCGUAACACUAAAAAAAUUCAAUAAAAUUUACAGUAUUCCUGUUUAUCCUAAUAAAUUAUAUGAAUAUUAUAACAAUAUUACACCACUUAAUGAUAUUUUAAUAAGUGAUACAAUCUAUAAAAAUGUACAAACUGGUAUAAAAUGCAGUAAAGAAGAUCUAGCACUAUUUAAUUUACCACAUUCUGAAAUUAUAAAAGAGAUAGUCCUUACAGGCCAUGAACAGAAAAAUGUUAUAACACGUGAUUAUGAGAGAGACAUGGUAGAGUGUCAGAUAGUAGACAUAGUAAGGAAGAAAGUAAUGAAGAAUAAGAAGUUCUAUACUUUUGAAGAUAUGAAACAGAUUAUAAGAAAUAUUUAUAAAAUACGAGUGGGAGAUAUUAAACCACAAGUACUAGACAUUCUUAACAUUUUGUGUAGAGAAGGUUACGAGAAAGUGAAAAUGAGAAUAUUUGUGGAAGGUAAAGAUAUUUACAUUGACAGUGGAGAUUUUAUAAAAUUUAGAGAAAAAUGUAGAAAUAACAAUAUUGAAUACAUUGUAAAGAAGAAUAUAGAAUGUAAUGAGGAGGAGAUUGUGUAG